AUGUCUGACAGACCAGAUAUGGCUGAGAUGGAGAAAUUCCGUGAGUUGAAACUGAAGAAGGCAGAAACGCAAGAGCAAAGGCCUCAGCCUUCAAAAGAAGCCAUGGAUCAGGAGAGGCGAGCUGGCGAACGACGCGGCCAGCGGCGGGAGGCCUGCGGCUCGCGCUGGACCGAAGUGACCUCCGGCGCCACCUACCGGCAGACGCGAAGCUGCGCCCGCCUGCAGCGUGGGCUUCUACAGUAA